CCCUAAACAUCUUCAUGAAUUUCAGUUCCUACACUUCACCCCCUUUUCUCCAAAAUCCGUUAUUCGCAACUCAGGGUUUAUUGGAAAAUGGCUGAACAACUUAAGCAGCAACCAGCUUUCGUUAAGAUCAACCAACUUCGUCCUGGUGCGUUUGGCCUUAACCUAACUGUAAAAGUGGUUAGCUCAAAAGCAAUAAUGACACGAGGUCGCAAUGGAACUCAAGGUCGAAACAUGCGUCUUGCUGAAUGUUUGGUUGGUGAUGAAACCGGAAUUGUUGUUUUCACUGCUAGAAAUGAUCAAGUGGAAGCUAUGAAGGAGGGCAGUAGUGUAAUUUUGCGCAAUGCAAAAAUCGACAUGUACAAAGGGUCGAUGAGACUGGCAGUAGACAAAUGGGGUCGUGUUGAAGUAACAGAACCAGCUGAUUUUUCCGUUACGGAAGACAACAAUCUGUCACUCAUCGAGUUUGAACUUAUUACCGUUGAAGAGUGAGAAAUUACCAUCUUGCCCUCGCCCUUGACUCUAAACAAUCUGUGUUCUUGUAUUAAAGGGCGGUUUAUUUACGGCUUUACUGUAAGCUUUCUUACUCUAUAUGCUUUUUAUUUAGAGCAUAUUAGAAUUACUAGUUAGUGUUUAUUUUGGCUAUUUAUGAGAUAAGAAAUAGCCAUUUUGAGAUUUCAUAAGUUGAAAUUUCAUGUUAAAACUAUGUAUAACCCUUUGUUUUGAUUGUUUUUAUUUAGAGUAUAUUAAAAUUAUUAUUUUUUUC